AUGACAAUCCUAGACAUGUUCACCCAUCUGAGGCGCAAAGUAAGCGGCAAGAACAAGUCCUCCUCUUCCCCUAUCGACUUGACGCCUCAAGGACAACAAGCCGAAAACGACCACGCCUCUCAUCAUCAUCACAAUCCCAGCCCCUUUGAAACAGCAGUUGAACCCUACGCCAACCUCAGCGAGAUCGCAGCACCAGAGCCAGUUCAGAACAUUGCGGAACAAGGCACACUCGAGGAGCGAAGGACGCAGCAGAAUCGUGGGACAGAGCAAGACGAGUCCCCAAAUGCCGAUUCGAGCGAGGUCGCUGCGCCGCCGCCGGUGGAACGAGAAGGCGAAGGGAAGGUUAUGCGGCAGCGUAGGCUAGAGUAUGAGUUGGGCUUCAUUUUGUGA